GUCUUGAUUUGCCAAAAAAAUCGAUGUUCUUCCUUACAAGCAUCCCCUUACAAGUUGUCGCAUCGCUUCCUGGCUUUUCUGGAGUGUUGGCGGCAGUGAAGAGGAACCCAGAGUUCAGACUCGGUGCUCUCAGCUGGCAUCCAGCACCCGCGGGAAUCACGUGACACCUAUCCGUCUUUUGGCCAAUGGUAUUUUCCCUUCCUCACAAUUAGCGUUCACAGGCAUCACAAUAGCGAGCUCAUAGGAAACACAAUAAACCAUUCGCAGGCCUCACCAUAAGAGAUUGGCAAGAUGUCGCCGUCGUGCUCGACGUUGCACUCCCCUCGUUUCCAUCUCACUGCGAUCCAGCUAUGGCGUACGACUUUGUUCUCGAUGUGCCCGAAAAGCGUGUUCGCUCCAAGGGAAGGAACUGUUCAUCGGUCGACAGUCCAGAUGUAUUGCGCGACAAGGAGUUCUGGUUCAUUGAUGGCAGCAUCGUCCUGGUUGCCUCUGGAGUAGCGUUCCGCGUAUACAAGGGCCUGCUAGCCCACCAUUCUGACGUUUUUCGCGACAUGUUCACCGUGCCACUUCCAGAGGACGAAGAAAGCAUCGACGGCUGUCCGGUCGUGCAUUUGUGCGACAGCUCAGAAGACCUGCGCCAUCUCCUCCGCGUGAUCUUCCAUGGCGGAGAAUGGUACAGGCCAAACGAGCGACUACCUUUCCGGGUCGUGGCUGCCUUGGCUCGUUUGAGUCAAAAGUACCAGAUGGAACGGAUACGGAAAGAGGCCGUGAAACGAAUCAAAACGUGUUUCUGCGACGACCUCAAGACAUGGCUCGAAGUAUGCCGGAUACGGGGCAGCUCCGUCAUGAGCUUCGAGAUCGCGGACGCGAUUGAAGCCGUGAAUCUCGCGCGCCUCAUGAACAUGGACAGCAUGCUACCCCUCGCAUUAUACCUUUGCUGUCAGCUCGACACGAAGUACCUCGUCCACGGCGUUGCCCGCGCAGACGGCACCACCGAGCAGCUCCACCCAGACGACGUAGCGCGGUGCGUGGAAGGGCGGCGGCAUCUCCUGCACUGCAACGUCCUCAUGGGCAUGCAGAUUUCGCGCCGAGACGUCAGCUAUAAGUGCGAGAACCGCGAAAUCUGCAUGGAUUGUCUCGAGUGCACCAACAAUGGCGUGUGGAUUGCCGGUGGCUUCGACAGUCGACUCGACCAUUGUGGGGUGUUUGAUUCUUGGGAACAAUGGAUAAGAAAACGGGAAAUCAACGACCUUUGCGAGAACUGCAAUCUCAUGGUCCGAGGGAGGUUGUUCUUGGCGCAGCAGAGGGUAUGGAUGAAGCUGCCUCAAUAUAUGGGAGUGGAGGACCCGCCUGCGCCGAAGAAAACGUCGUUGGGUAUUUGUAAUUGAAGACGACGCAGGCGUGUUGCAGUUUCGCUUUCUUCUCAGCUGAAGUCCGAUGAUUAUGGCCCGCCGCUCUUGAAUACUUCUGUACUUUAUCGCAUUCGUUCUUCAACUCAAUUUUGCCAGGCAUAGUUGUCUACCCGUUCGGGCUGUAUACAUCUGCGCAUGGCGGUUGGUGUUCUCCAACAGCUGCAUCACGUUGCUUAUGGCGCGUACGCUAUGAAACUAUUUGCUUUGGACCUUGAUACUUUAAAUCCGCUGCUCUCAGCAUUUGGAAUGUACGUCUAUUCUCAUAGCCACCGGUCACUGAGCUGGCCUCUUUAAGUUCGAUUCGUU